AUGUUUUUCCCUACCAAGACUCUCCUUGUCCUCGCUGCUGCCUUUGCUGUGGCCCAUGCUGAGGACCCAGGCUCAGCCGAACGUGGUUUUGGUGGCUUUCGUACGCCUACCACCACUGCCCCGGCUCCCACCUCGGCUCCCACUCAGUCUCCUGUUGCCACCCCCGACAGCAGCCCCACUGUGGAUGACACAUCCAAUGUCAAGGGAGAUCCCCACUUCCAAACCUUCGGUGAGGAGAAGUUUGACUACCAUGGCGAGUGUGAUUUGGUCUUGUUGAAGAAUCCUCUCUUCAAGAACAUGGGCAUGGAAGUCCACAUCCGUACCAAGAUUACCGACUGGUGGAGCGCUGUGGAGGCUGCGGCUAUCAAACUUGGCGAGGAAGUGUUGGAAGUCAAUGCUGGCAACGUCGAUCAGUGGUUGUGGAUCAACGGCAAGCCCAAUGAAGAACUGGAAGACAGCAAGUACUACUCUGCCUGGAUCAAUGGCAUGCAGAUCCGAUACCAACGCAAGGGAGUAAACCGUGAGGUCAACAUCUACCUUGAAGGCCGCCCCGAGCGUCUUCAAAUUCGAGUCUACAAGGACUUUGUCCGUGUGGAUGUCGACCACAAGGUCAAUCCCGAACACUACAAGGGAGCGAUUGGUCUGCUGGGAAGCUUUGACUUGAAUGGCAAGCGUGUUGGCCGUGAUGGCCAGACCAAGGUUGCCGACCACAAUGAGUUUGGACAAGAAUGGCAGGUCCGUGACGAAGAUCCCAAGCUCUUCCACUCUUAUGAAGGUGCCGUUGUCGCUCCCAACAAGUGCAAGCUUCCCGAGCUUACCCGUGAGGAUGUGGAGGGCGAGUUGUUGGCCAAGUCGAUGCUUCGCAAGCGCCGUCUAAAUGGUGGUCUUUCGAAGGAUGCUAUUGAAAGGGCUUGCGCUCAUGUGCCAGAGGGUGAACGUGAAGAUUGCAUCUAUGAUGUCACUGCCACACAAGAUGUGGGUAUGGCUAGUGUUUUCUAA